AUGAAAGCAACAAGAACUGCCUCUUGCUCUCAUUUAAGUACAAAUUCACAACCUUUACUGAGGAGGGUUCAUCAACACGAUGAACAAAAAAUACAAUCCUCUUCUCGCCCGAAUCCAACAACCAAUCCUCAUAAUCAAUCACGAAGACUAUCCUCACCUAAUCCCUUGAUGUCCACCAUCAACCCUUAUUUUGGUUUAAAAUUUGAUUAUUCAACAGACAGUGUUGAGAAUGGAAACUCCUUUCUGCACAGUAUGAUUGGUAAUUUUCUGCUCCAAAUUGCUGCUCACGACAAGAUUACAUCCAUCAUUUUGGCUAUUGAAUAUUCCAUGUUAAUCAUUCAUUCCUAUUAUGAAAGUGGAUGGUUCGGAUUCUUGGUCAUGGCCAGUACGUGUCUGGUUGGUAUCAUCUCCACUCGAAAAUAUGUUUCAUUUUCUUUGUUCCAUCAACCCGACUUUCAAGUCUCCACAACGGAAGAGCGAAAUAGAAUACUGACUUCCAUGGUUCUCUUCUCCAUUCGAUUUUUCAUGCAACAACAAAAUAGAAUAUUACUCAUGCCCAUGUAUAUAUUAAUCAUGAUCACAACCAACACAUUGUGCAAGCAAUUGUUUUGGGCCUUACUGCCUAUUUAUUACGUCUCUCUGCAUUUUGUUGCAAGUUGUAUUUAUAACGUGAUACAGUUUGGUUUGAAUUCAGAAACCAUUCCAUUGUGUUUUGAUUAUAUUGCUAUUGCCAUGGCAAUUGUAUUGCUCAGUAAUUACAUGAUCAAAACAUCAAUGAAUUUACAAAGUAAGGUCAAAACUUUGGAAGAAACAAGACUUAAGCUUGAAAAUGCUCUUGCUGCCAAACAAACAUUUUUGAGACACAUUUCACAUGAAUUUAGAUCUCCCUGUUUGAGCAGUUUGGGAAGUUUAGAGCUGUUAAGGGAAACUGAUCUCACUGAACAUCAACGAGACUUGGUGGAUACCAUUGCAGCCUCUGAUGGUAUUUUAUUGAACUUGAUCGAGGAUGUUCUCACGCUUGUUAAAAUCGAACAUGAAUCACAGAUAGAGCACCACGAUGGGGUUGUGGACUCAACCAAGUAUUUUCAAGAAUUCAGUUUGGGUCAUUGUGUGAAAAUGAUUGGAAAGAUCGUUAAGAGCUAUUGCAAACAGUUUGAUGUGGGGAUAAAAGUCCAAAUUGAUGACAACACAAGAGACGUUUUUGUGAGAGCAAACCAAACAAGGAUACACCAAAUUAUUUCCAACUUGAUGACAAAUGCUGUUAAAGCUUCAAAAAAGGGUGAUAACGUCGAGCUCAUUUGCUCCACAGUUGGGGAAAUCAGAACAGUGAACGGAAUUCAAGAACAAAAUGUAAUGUUUAAGGUCAUAGAUCAUGGUAUAGGAAUUCCAAAAUCAAAGCAGAGGACAAUAUUUGAACCAUUCGCUCAAUUACAUAAUAUCAAUGAACGAAUUUAUCGAGGCUCCGGCCUUGGGUUAAACACUGUUCUUCAUAACGUGUCUGCCAUGCAUGGAACCAUUGAGCUUAAAUCAGAAUUAAAUGAAGGAGCCGAAUUCACAGUUAUUCUUCCUUUAGAAGUUAUUACGAAUGCAGAUAAAAAUGAUUUGAAAGACAAGACAGAUAUUGAUCCCACUUUACAGAGGCAACUUUCCAUCCAAGCCAAUUAUUUGAAAUUAUUUGCUUCAACCGAAGAGUUAUCUUCUGAAAAGAAGAAUGCAAAAAUUAUAAUAGCUGAUGACAAUGCCGUUAACAGAAAAGUCAUUUUGAAAUUGAUUGAAAGCAUUGGUUAUGAAGCAGAUUGUGUGAGUGAUGGAAAACAAUUACUAGACAACCUUGAUAUAAAUAGACAUCAAUUAGUCAUCACAGAUAUGAAUAUGCCUGUGUUAGAUGGAAGAGAAGCCGCAAGAAUAAUUAAGGGACGAUUCCCAAAGGAAAAGAUAAAAAUUGUGGCACUGACUGGUGACAUUAUGACGGAUUCAUCGUCUGAAUUAUUUGAUCAAGUCAUCAUGAAACCAUGUCACAAGGCAAUUCUAAAGCUUUGCAUUGAACAGUUUGUCUCUAAUUAG